UAUCAGCGGCCCUCCUGCGGUAGCCGGGUAGAGCAGCAGCAGAACAGAAGAAAUGGCAAGCGAGCGUAAAGGUUCAGAAGACUCCGGGUCCCCCGUGUUCAGUCCAGGCGACAUGCCGAAACUCAUCGCUCCCUCUACUUCUGAGAGGGAGCUCCUGGUAAUGGCGCCCAGUCCCUUGCCGUCGGAGUCUGACUUGCUCCAGCUGCCUGGUCGUCAGGGACGCCUCUAUUCCACGGAUACUACCCUGGGAGACUUGGACGUGCCCCACCUGGCUGCCCAGAUGGCCAACACCCGGCUGGAGAACCUCUCUCUCCUCGACAUAUUCAGCGCCCCGCACGUCGUCCGGAACACUGGCAUAAUCUGCACGAUAGGUCCAGCAUCAAAUGAUGUUAACAAGCUAGUCUCCCUCAUUGAGAUGGGUCUCUGCAUUGCUAGACUUAACUUCUCCCACGGAACACACGAGUACCAUGCUCAGACCAUAGCCAAUGUGCGUGAGGCCAUAACGAGAGUAGAAGGCAGAAUUGUGGCCAUUGCUCUGGACACAAAGGGCCCAGAGAUACGUACCGGUCUUCUGAAAGGAGGUGGUUCAGCUGAAAUACAGCUAAAACAAGGCGACAGAGUCAAAUUCUCGACCGACAAACGCUACUACGACUGUGGAGACAACGAGACCAUCUACGUGGACUAUGUCAACAUCGUCAACACAACGGCAGUCCGUGAUCUCAUCUUUAUCGAUGACGGUCUGAUUUCCGUGAUGGUCGUUGAGAAAGGAGUGGACUAUCUUCUGACAGAGGUCCAGAAUGGAGGAAAGCUGGGCUCCAAAAAGGGAGUCAACCUCCCGGGUAAAGACGUGGACCUCCCGGCAGUCUCGGAGAAGGACAUCAGUGACCUCAAGUUUGGGGUGGAGCAGGGCGUUGACAUGGUGUUUGCCUCGUUCAUCAGGAAGGCCGAAGACGUGGACGCCGUCAGGAGUGUUCUGGGAGACAAGGGGAAACACAUCCUCAUCGUCUCAAAGAUAGAGAGCGAGGAAGGAGUCAAGAACUUUGACGAGAUCAUGCGUGCCAGUGACGGGAUCAUGGUUGCCCGUGGCGACCUGGGUAUCGAGAUUCCACCGGAGAAAGUCUUCAUUGCCCAGAAGAUGAUGAUUGCUCGCUGUAACCGGGCGGGGAAACCGGUCAUCGUCGCCACCCAGAUGCUGGAGAGCAUGGUGGAGAAGCCACGCCCGACUCGGGCGGAGGCCAGCGACGUUGCCAACGCUGUACUGGAUGGAGCAGACUGUGUCAUGCUGUCUGGAGAGACUGCCAAAGGCAAGUACCCACUCCAGGCUGUCAAGAUCAUGAGUAAGAUAGCCCUGGAGGCAGAGGCAGCUAUGUUCCACCGCGACAAAUUCAACGAACUCCGUAGACUGACUCCCAAGCCCACCACCACAGUACAGACCACUUCUAUCGCUGCAGUCGAUGCUUCAUUCGCUCAGAUGGCUGCGGCUAUUAUCACCCUAACCACCACUGGACGAACUGCGUUUGUGUUGUCUCAGUACCGGCCGCGAUGUCCCAUCAUUGCUGUGACGAGGACACCACGUACAGCCAGAAUUUGCCAUCUCUAUAGAGGAGUCCACCCCUUACUCUACGAGUCCCCAGUCAGCACCAACUGGUUCGAGGACGUCGACCAGAGACUUCUGGCUGGACUGGAGAAGGGACGUAAGGAGGGGUACAUCUUCAAGGGUGCGGCGCUCGCCGCGAUGGUAAUUCAGCACUGCAAGUGCAGUGUGAUACCAAAUCCGUCCGCCCAGCUGCAGAACCUGCAGCAGAAUACUGCAGCGGAGAACGGAGUGUAUCGGAUUGGAGUCCAGUACUUUAUAUCCGGAGGAGAGCUAUAUGCACUGGAAAUCACGACCAAGAAUACCUCGCUGACACGACUGACUCCAAUCAACAGAGAUUCCGUCACGACUGAGUCUAGCACUAACCCAUUCCUGGUCCCCGAGACUGGUUCUGGUCUCAACAUAGCACCGGACCUUCUCCAAGAGCUAUCUUCAACUCCUCAGCAAUAUGUGUACACAGUCGAUGGUCACCAUGCUUAUAUAGCUGUAGGACAAGCUGUUAUCGUCCUUCUUCUGAAUACCGAGACCCCAAACUAUCACAGAAUAGAGAUUGGCCAAACCCCUCUAAAGCUUGAAGCAAGGGACCUUGAAAAGUAUAGUAACGGGAACUGGGGAAAACAGGGGCAAUACGACUUGCUAGUGUACAGCCCUCAAUGGUUCGAUCUAUCUCAAAUGAGUAACAUCCUGUUCGUCAGUGCUGACGACUAUCAUUAUUCGUACAAGGUGACAUACGUUGCAUUGGCUGUCGGUAAUAUCGUCUAUUUCAAGGAACUACUCGACUUCUUCGAAUUCACUAUCCCCACUCCAGAGCCUUGUAGCCAGAUAGUGUCGAUAGAGUUCAAUGAAGUUAAACAGACCCUCUUUAUAGUGUGUACUAACAUCACUUUCUACUUCAGCUACCUCGAGUACCAACUGUACACAAGUAGUCUUUGGAACCGAACCGGUCAUGUCUCGUUUGCCCACGACGGUAGAGUUGCUGCCAUAGCAACGAACCACUCCGGUGGCAUGACAACGGUAACAAUCCACGGUCUGAAUUUCGAACCAAGUGGGGACGAAGAUGAACGAGUGUACGAGUUUCAACACUUCCACCAUGUGGCGUCGCGCUACUAA